GCGGUGACAGGGACAGGUAAGUGUUAGGGAACAGGAUGCGGGUUGUAAUUCUACUGGAGAGUUUCCUACCUUCUAGUGCAGUGUAUGUGGCUGUCUGAGGUGAUGUACUGUGGGAGACCAGAUAUAGUGAAUGCAGGGUCCAGGGAAAGCAGAUAUAGUGAAUGCAGGGUCCGGGGAGACCAGAUAUAGUGAAUGCAGGGUCCGGGGAGACCAGAUAUAGUGAAUGCAGGGUCCGGGGAGACCAGAUAUAGUGAAUGCAGGGUCCGGGGAGACCAAUAUAGUGAAUGCAGGGAGACCAGAUAUAGUGAAUGCAGGGUCCGGGGA